GCUCCAGAACCCACACCCAUCGAGCACCCACAAUCUACCAAACUCUCUUGGAGUUCACGAGCGGCGCUGCGAUGGGGUCACACGGCAAGCCACCGCUACCGUACGCGUACAAGCCGCUGCCCUCCGGCGCCGCCGCCGCCGACGCCGAUGGUGAGCGGACCGGCUGGACGAGGUGGCGCGUGUGCGCCACCGUGCUGACGGCCUCGGCCAUGGUGGUGGUGGUGGUCGGCGCCACGCUCCUGGCAGGGUUCAGGGUGGACCAGGCCGUCGACGAGGAGGCGGCGGGCGGGUUCCCGUGGAGCAACGAGAUGCUGCAGUGGCAGCGCAGCGGCUACCAUUUCCAGACGGCCAAGAACUACAUGAGCGAUCCCAACGGUCUGAUGUACUACCGCGGAUGGUACCACAUGUUCUUCCAGUACAACCCGGUGGGCACCGAUUGGGACGACGGCAUGGAGUGGGGCCACGCCGUCUCUCGGAACCUUGUCACGUGGCGCACCCUCCCUAUUGCCAUGGUGGCCGACCAGUGGUACGACAUCCUCGGGGUCCUCUCGGGCUCUAUGACGGUGCUACCCAAUGGCACCGUCAUCAUGAUCUACACGGGGGCCACCAACGCCUCCGCCAUUGAGGUGCAGUGCAUCGCCACCCCCGCCGACCCCAACGACCCCUUCCUCCGCCGCUGGACCAAGCACCCCGCGAACCCCGUCAUCUGGUCGCCGCCGGGGAUCGGCACCAAGGAUUUUCGAGACCCGAUGACCGCUUGGUACGAUGAAUCUGAUGACACAUGGCGCACCCUCCUCGGGUCCAAGGACGACCAGGACGGCCACCACGAUGGGAUCGCCAUGAUGUACAAGACCAAGGACUUCCUUAACUAUGAGCUCAUCCCGGGCAUCUUGCAUCGAGUCGAGCGCACCGGCGAGUGGGAGUGCAUCGACUUCUACCCUGUCGGUCGCCGUAGCAGCGACAACUCAUCGGAGAUGUUGCACGUGUUGAAGGCGAGCAUGGACGAUGAACGACACGACUACUACUCGCUAGGCACGUACGACUCGGCAGCAAACACGUGGACGCCGAUUGACCCGGACCUCGACUUGGGGAUCGGGCUGAGGUACGAUUGGGGUAAGUUUUAUGCGUCCACCUCGUUCUAUGAUCCGGCGAAGAAGCGGCGCGUGCUGAUGGGGUACGUCGGCGAGGUCGACUCCAAGCGGGCUGAUGUCGUGAAGGGAUGGGCCUCAAUUCAGUCAGUUCCAAGGACAAUUGCUCUCGACGAGAAGACCCGGACGAACCUCCUCCUCUGGCCCGUGGAGGAGAUUGAGACCCUCCGCCUCAAUGCCACUGAACUUAGCGACGUCACCAUGAACACCGGCUCCGUCAUCCAUAUCCCCCUCCGCCAAGGCACUCAGCUUGACAUCGAGGCAACUUUCCACCUUGAUGCUUCUGCCGUCGCUGCCCUCAAUGAGGCCGAUGUGGGCUACAACUGCAGCAGCAGCGGCGGUGCUGUUAACCGCGGCGCGCUAGGCCCCUUCGGCCUCCUCGUCCUCGCUGCUGGUGACCGCCGCGGCGAGCAAACGGCGGUGUACUUCUACGUGUCUAGGGGCCUUGAUGGAGGCCUCCAUACCAGCUUCUGCCAAGACGAGUUACGGUCGUCACGGGCCAAGGACGUGACAAAGCGGGUGAUUGGGAGCACGGUGCCGGUGCUCGACGGCGAGGCUUUCUCAAUGAGGGUGCUCGUGGACCACUCCAUCGUGCAGGGCUUCGCGAUGGGCGGGAGGACCACGAUGACGUCGCGGGUGUACCCGAUGGAGGCCUAUCAGGAGGCAAAAGUGUACUUGUUCAACAAUGCCACCGGUGCCAGCGUUAUGGCGGAAAGGCUCGUCGUGCACGAGAUGGACUCGGCACACAACCAGCUCUCCAAUAUGGACGAUUACUCGUAUGUUCAAUGAAGCUCUUGCAUCUCAUCAGUAAUAAGCUACAUUGGAUCAAAGACGCUCACCAAGGAAGGCCAAGACAUAUGUAAACGAUUCCGCACAGCCUCGCUUGCAGAAUUGAAACAUCUAUCCUUGGGUCAUGUUCUGCAUUGAUGUCACAGUGAACUAUAUUACUUUGUUGGGUGUAGGAUCGAUAUAGUUUGGGUGGGUGGAACUUUGUUUGUUUACAUAGUGAACCGGUGUGGUCUGCGUAAUAAGCUUACGUGUUUGUUUAGAAAAUGAACUAUUGUUGUUCGGGAGAGUGGACCCGUGUUUCUUUAUAUAGUGAAUGGUUGUCAUUUGCAUAAUGGAUUUCUAUUUUCGUUUA